AUGGCGGCAAGUUGGACGUGUGUUGUGAAAGAGAGGAUCCAAUGCGGACUACUUGAGAUCAUACAGAAGUUAAAUACUAGACAUUUACAGUACCAUGAAGCAGAUUAUCUGUAUUAUAAGCUAGAUAGAUUGGAAACCAUCUUGUCUCAGUAUGCCCAGCUUGCGAACAUCGACGACCGUGUAUUCUGCUGUAUUUCAGAGGUCAAGUAUCUGAUAAGGAAUGAAAUACAGAGAAACGAAGGAAAUGGCGAUGGUUUUCAGUGCGAAAUGGUAUUUAGUGGAGAUCGAGGGCGUCCACGCUAUAAUAUAACCGAAGAACAACUGGAGUAUUUCCUCGAUUUUGGUUUUACAGCAACAGAGAUAUCUGCUAUGUUAGGCGUCAGCGAACCAACAGUCAGAAGACGCCUCCAAGAAUUUGGGUUAAGUAGUAGGAACCUUACAAACAUUUCAGAUGAUGCACUUGAUAGGAUUGUAAGACAAAUUAAGGAAGACUUUCAACAAAGUGGGUACAGGGUGAUACGAGGAAUUUUGCGUGCCAGGGGGUAUCACAUAGCAGAACGCCGUAUAAUGGAAUGUCUGAGACGAGUCGAUUUAGAAGGUGUUAUUUUACGCUCUUUGCAGCUUCAAAUAGUUCAUCGAAGGGAGUACAAAGUGUAUGGGCGAAUGCUCUGUGGCAUAUCGAUACGAAUCAUAAGUUGAUAAGGCAAGUUUUAAAGAAAUCUCCUGGAGGAUGUUCCUUGGAAUUCUUGGUGAAGGGUGUGCCGCCCGGUUCCCCAAAUCCAAACCCUACAUGUAUUUCAGAGCCAAAAAAUGUCAGUUUCGGUUUCUACACCCGUUUUCAGACAUGGCCUCUGAAAUCCAUAGCCUUUUUUUCGGCCGACAUUAUGUCUUCAGUACUUAAUUUAGAACAACAACACAAAGAUUUCUUACAAUCCAUAUUCACGUAUUCGAAUUUGCAGUCUUUCUUUCUUAGUCAUUUCGAAUUGAAACAACAAAGACAUUCAUACAUGCCUUUAGUUCCCUUUGAACCCCUUCCUGAUUCCAGACCAAAAUAGGAAUAGUGCAUACCCGUUUUCAAACCAAAAUUGGCUCAAAAACUCUGGGGCAGCACAUACCUUUAAGGCUUAUAUUUAACAAUUAUUCCUUGAGUCUGAAUGGGCUGUUUAACAAUUAUUCCUCGAGCCCGAAUGGGUUAUUGAUAAAGAGGCAAUGAGGGCCAGAGGAAAAUUGUUUUAGUGAAAAAAAAAAACAAGUUGGUAAAAAAUAUUGAGACAAAACAACUUUAGCUAGUUAAAGCUAGAUAGCUUUAACAAUAGAAAACAAUAAUAAGAUGAGAGAAUAAGAAAACAAUAAUUGUUGAGCUAAUUAGCACCUGCAUGAAGCACGAAAUUUAAGUUAUGAAAACAAAAUAAUUCAUAUUUAUCAUGAGACAAUAGUUUUGGUGUGUGUAGUUUCAAAUGUAACAUAAUUCACACCUGAACUACCCUUCACUAUGAAGCAGAUCCUUGUCCCUAAUAUACCACUUAACACGCCAACAUUUUUGAUACUUAUAGAUAACCGUGACAACUUAGUCAGCAGCAGUGCACAGGGAAGAGAUCUGUCAAACCAUACGAAUCGCAAAGUCACUUCCCCUUUCCUCUUUACAAUCUUCCACUUUGCCAGCACCAAGUAAGACACAUCACAUGAAAUUGAGGCAACACAUUUAAAUUCACUCUUUCUGGGCAGUGUUAACAUUCCUAUUUCCUGGGAAAGAAAAGGGGUUAAAUGCCAUGGUAAGGCUUCAAUUUGAUCAGUACACUAUUAUCACCAUAAUGUGUUGAUUUUGAUGUUUAAUCAUACUCAAAAUUUUCAGAUGGAGGCUAA